CUCAGCUGUUGUGCAGCAGCAGCUGUUGGUGAUUUAUUUAGAAACGACUGACUCUCUCAAUCAGCUGUGAAUGUCACACGUGUCAAAGACCAGAGACACUUCAGACCAGGACAGACCAGAGCCAGAGACACUUCAGACCAGGACAGACCAGAACCAGGACCCAGGUCCUGACACAAACCUGGAGAUAAACAUGGACCAACUCUGAUCCUGAACCACUUGAGUUGAUGAUGAUGAUGAUGAUGAUGAUGAUGGAGGCUCAGUCUGCCAUCACAGGAAACACAGCGUUACCAUGGAAACAUUGUUUCCAGCUGACUCUGCUGCUGGUCCAGCUGAGUUUACCUGAACAAGGUGCAGCUUCCUGUCGUAUCCUCAGGUGUAACUCUGACUUCGUGGCUGCGACGCUGGACCUGGGUGGCGGCAGUGGAGUAGGAGGAGUCAGACCACCAGAUGGCGCCACAGCUGUGAGCAGAGCAGUGGUGAACGCUGGUUACUGCGGCGCCCUGCGAUCCUACGCCACGUGCACCAAGCGGAUGGCGAGGGCGUGUCGGGGCGACCUGGCGUACCACUCUGCGGUUCAGGGCAUCGAGGACCUGCUGAUCCAGCACCGCUGUCCCCGGGCGGGGCCCACGCCACAGCCCCGCCCCCUCCCUCAGGGAACCCUGUCAGCAGACGACUGCCUCUACGAGCGCAGCUUCCUGAGCAGAGAAGGUCGCGUGCCGGAGUACGUGCACUGCGGCGUGUUCGGGGACCCGCACGUCCGAACGUUCAAUGACGAUUUCCAGACGUGCGACGUGCAGGGGGCGUGGCCUCUCAUAGAUAAUGAAUACCUGUUUGUUCAAGCCACCAGUUCACCGAUGAAGGCGGAAACGCCCAUUAUGGGGAGGAGCACAGCGCUCACCAAGAUCACAGUCAUCUUUAAGAACAUGCGUGAGUGCGUGGAGCAGCAGUUGUACCAGGCCGAGCUCGAUAACGUGCCCGCGGCGUUCGCCGACGGCUCGGUGUCCAGCGGCGAGUGGCGAGGUCACCGCAGCCUGACGGUCAGCACGCAGAGUCCGGGUCGACACGCUGAGAUCCGAGCGUCUCACAUCGGCACGCUGCUGGUGGUGCGUCAGAGCGGACGCUCCCUCGGCCUGUCCGUCCUGUCGCCGCGCGGCGUCACGCAGGCUUUUGGCCCCGAACAGGACCUGCAGCUGUGUGUGUGGGGAUGCCCCGCCUCCCAGAGACUCAACACGCUCCGCCCACCGCAGCCACCACCACCGCAGUCCUCUCUGCCCGCCUCCAUCAGUGCCCACGCCCACUGCGCUGCGCUGCUUCCUGCUCGAGACGUCUACUACCAGGCCUGCGUGUUUGACCUGAUCACCAGCGGCGACCUGAACUCCAGCACCGCCGCCGUCACCGCGCUGCACGACGCACGUCACAUGAUCUCUGAGCAGGAAACCGUUCACCUGUCACUGGUUGCCGCUGCGCGACACCGCCGCCCACCUCCACACCUGACGCUGCUACUGCUGACACUCGGCAUGCUGGGAAUUGUGAGCAGAGCCUAAGGCAGUGACGUCACUGAUGACAUCACUGUGGCAUCCCUUCACAGUGAAACAUUCUCGGCCACGCCCACAGAAAUGUCCCGCAAUGAAAAAAUAUUUUUAUCGUACACAUGAACAUCGUAGGAAUCUGUGGCUCAAAAUUUCUAAACGACUUCAGUUUAGGUAGUUCAGUUAGUUUACUUAGUUUGGUUAGUUUAAGUAGUUCAGUUAGUUUACUUAGUUUGGUUAGUUUA